GCUGUACUCACUGACGGACCCUGAUAGUGAAGAACACUAUCACCUGAAUGUUGCUAUGAAGGCCAUGAACAAGGUGGCCAGUCACAUCAAUGAGAUGCAGAAGAUCCACGAGGAGUUUGGGUUGGUGUUUGACCAGCUCAUAGCGGAGCAGACUGGAGACAAGAAAGAGGUUGCUGAUCUGUCGAUGGGUGACUUGCUGCUCCACACCAGCGUAGCCUGGAUCAACCCUCCCUCCUCCCUGGGCAAAUGGAAGAAAGAACCCCAACUGGCUGCUUUCAUCUUCAGAACAGCCGUGGUGUUUGUGUGUAAGGAUGGAUCCAAGCAGAAGAAGAAAAUGGGUGGCUCCCAUCGAGCGUCGUCAGUCUCGUCUGAAGACAAGGACCCAUUCCGCUUCCGUCACAUGAUCUCCACAGACACGCUCCAAGUCCGAGCCCUCAAUAACCAAGACGGAGAGGGCUCUGCCGAAUAG